AGGAAAGCGCGUCAUUUAUUCUAGCUGCUCUCGGCCUUUUUGUCCCAGAUAGAGUCUGUGUAUUUCAGUUUUGUUUUUCACGUUUUGUGGCUGUAGUCUAGGAGCUGAUGAUAAGAAAUGCUAGACCCUAUACAGGAGUUGGCUGCUCUAUCGAACAAAAAUGCUACUUAAGUUACAUUUCAUCCGAUUCAGAUCGUUGAACCCGAACAGGAAUUAGAGACUGAGACGCGUUCUUUGUAGAAUCAAAGCUAGCACUUCAUCGCGACUGUAGAGUCGCAGCGUCGUCCUAUUAUUGUUUGACAAGUUGUUGUAGUUGAUACUUUAGAAGUUUGACGCGCACUCAUAUAAAAGCUAGCGCCAUCUCAUACUUUACUCAUGCUAGUCGCCCGGUCACGACUGCGACAAGAAAAUGGAGGUCGGUUUACGGCGACUGCCGUUGUGAUGAUGUCCAACACGCUGAAGGCGCGGAUAAGAAUGCUCAGAACCUCUUCUAUCGUGGUGCGAUACGUUGUGGCUCUCAUCUAGUUGCGCAACACUGGGCAACUUGCUUCUACUCCUUGGCCAUACUCGAUUCUUGGUCGUGCGGUCUGGGCCUUGUUAUGAAGCGCCGAAAUAUCGCGGCCAGCGCAAACUUCAGCCAUUCUUGCAUCGACAUGCCCGACAGGUCAAUGAGUAGCGCCUCGGCGUUUUUCUAUCUAGUCGCGCCGCAACUACCUCGUCUGAGGCUGGCUCCGUGGACACCUUGACACGCAGACGCGGUGGAGAAAUGGCGGGUCUCUUUUUGCUGCUGUGUUCUGCUUAUACGCUUAUCCCUGCGGCGUUCCUGUGGUAUUUAGUUUCUGUGAUUAUAGAAAAGCUUUUUGCCUCGUUUUUUUAGAAUUUAUUUGCUAGUGCAGUUGGCAGCUCACAAGCCGACGCGCCGCACCACCUACGCCGAGCAUGUGUUGCCGCUGUCGUUGCUUUUGCUGCUGCCGUUGCCGCGGGCUGCCGCAGCCGCUGUCGUUGCAUGUUCUGCCGCUGGUGCUGCUGCUGUUGCUGCUAUAGUUGCCGCUGAUCGUUGCUCGUUUUGCCUAGCUGCCUUGGCAGCCGCCGCUGCUGUUGCAGCACUUGCCGCCGCCGCCGUUGCUGCUGCUAUCCGCGCGGGUGUGGUUGGUUCGGUUUUGUUGCCCAGCCUGUCCCGGAGGCAGGCCUGUGCCCGCGUGUUUCUCGAUGGUAGGACGGAAGGAGGAUAUCGGGCGCCGGAGGUCCAACGAGAACGCCGCCGACCUUGCCAAUCAGCAAGUGGCUGCAUACGCCGGACAGGUAGAAAGGCCUCGCGCGGGCAGCCUCGUGCCUUCGACGCAGAUCCGGAAUCCGAAGCAGCCUCGCCUGAAUGCGUCGCCUCCUUGAGGGAGGUAGUUGGGAACGGUGUCGCGCGAGGUGUGGCGAGCGCGCCACAAGUAUGACGCAGACCGCUACGGCUUUACGCAGUUGCUGCACAACGCUGCCAAGCAUGUGGACGACACGCGAGGAGCAGGGCGAUCCAAGGAAGCUAAUACUUCGCCGCUCUCGGAAAUGGGUCCGGGAACUAUGCCGCCCGCGCCGCCUUUGGUUUGAUUCCGCGAUGUGCCUGACGUGUUACGCGAGGCGCGACAAAUCAAACGGCUCUUCGUCGAUGUCGUUGCUGAAGCCGCGUGCUUAUACGGUGGGUGAUAUUGUGGAGCUCCGCGCGAAUAUUUUUGCACCGCCGCUCGGCAUCGUGCUGCAGGCAGUUCACGGAGUGGCGUAUGGGGCCAGUUUUGAAAGAACGUGCGAAAGGGCCGCCGACGCGACAGAGGGGCCGCUCUGCUUCCGCAGAUGGAAGCCCGGCCAGACUCUGAGGGCCAUAGCGCUUCUCGAUGCGUCUGCUUACCAGCUGGGAGCCGCUCCUGCCCGGCCGUCUAGGGCUAUCGUGCGGGGUCAGUGUAAGGCCCCGGGGCAGUUUUUUUCGUUGCAAAGUCGAUCGCAGACAGCCGCGCCUGUCUGUGUGUUUUCAGUGGGGUGGUUUGCUCGUUUGGGUGCCCGUGUUUGUAGCCAUGCUUGGACCCAUGUGGAUGGUCAAAAAAGUGCGUGGCUUCUGAUUUCCCUCCCGGGUCGUGCGUUUCUUCCCGUCUGCGUAUCGAGAAUGAAGCAAGCUGAUGGCAAAAAGCUACGCCGCUAUGAAGUUCGAGCGCCUGGCCGUUCUCGUCUCGUCGGAAUAUCGCCGGCGCCUCUGCAGUGGUUUGGAUUGCUAGAAGUGGCGCGCAGGGUCGGGGGUCGUGUUCUUGAGUCCCUGCCUGGGCUGGGGUGGAUGACUACACACGCAAGCACCCGCCUUGUUGUGUUCAUUGGUGAGCUCCUUUAUUGUGCCGGUAGGAGGUGUCUCCCACCCCCGGUCUGAUGUUUUUCCUGUCGAUUCAUAUAGGUCGGCUAAUAAAAAGGAGUCAGUCUGCUCGUCUAGUCUAGAACUUUGAAAGUUCACUUUUGUUAAAACUAAUACCACGCAUGUUGCCAUCUUGUUUUCGCUUUAAUUCAUGCAUGAACGCCACUCGUUUACUUAUAGAUAAUUUUUGUAGCACCUCAUCGAAGUUUUAUGUGCGCCUCGGCCUCAACUAAGUCCUUUGCUCCCUCAUCAUGAUCAACACAGCGCCCGGAGGUUGUGCCUCGCGUUCAAGUUUAUAACUUGGCGCGAUCGAGUCGCGAGCGUCUGGCAGUUUGUACCGCGUUGGCCGAGCCUGGUUUUGUUCCAGUUUUUACUGCGCUGA